GGCGGAGUUUCGCGCCGCCCUGCGUCGCGGCGGCAGUCCGAGUUUGGCCUGCGUGCGCCCCGCACGGCCCGAUGGUGGAGCACGCGCUCGUGGACUGCUCCCAGGCGAGCGCCAUGCAAACCUUACCACCCCAACCGCACCGCGAAGCUGAUGAGGAUCAGCUCGCCGAUGAAUAUGUCCAGAACUUUGAACUCGACCAUCUUGAAGACCACAAUGUCGUUAAACGUGAACCGCUGCGUCCAGGGUGGCACGAGCUUGUGGAGACUCCACCAGCGUGCGCUCGUGCCUGCCGCCCGUGGCCUGAUGCGGGCCCUUACCCUCAACCUCACGUCGCCACCGCCGUUGAUCCCAGUACGCCCCCUGAGACUCCACCAGCUCCAGUUGGACGUAGUCCGUGUCGCGCAGCUUUAGUGGAUGAUGUUUUGUGGCUGCCUCAUAUGAGAGAACCAUUAGAUAUGCGUACGGUUCCGUGCGGUAGUUUCGAGGAAUGGGACCGUCGUGACUGGAGAGAGCAAGAUCAUCAUGUGCAGCAGAUUGCUUUGCGCCCAGCAAGCUCGUGUUCAGCAAUGUCCCCACGUACAGCGCAGCAUCAGUCUUAUCAACCAUCUUCGUGCGGAGACGAUUUAAUAAGCGAUGAUUUACUCAUGACAUUGAGCGUACGUGAACUGAAUAAGCGUCUACAUGGGUUUCCUCGCGAAGAUGUGACCCGAUUGAAACAGAAAAGACGAACGUUGAAGAACCGAGGAUAUGCUCAAAACUGUCGCAGUAAAAGGCUACAGCAGCGGCAGGAGUUGGAGAUGACUAACCGGUCACUGCAGGAUGAGUUGCACGUACUGCAGCUGCAGGUAGCACGCGUGACGCACGAGCGCGACGUGCUCAAGCAGCGGCUGGCGCUGGUGGGUCGCGAGCAUGCGGUGCCCCAGCACGCGCCGCCCACGCCGCACUCCUCGCCGGAGUUUUUCUCGGAGCUGUGACGGCAGGCCGCGGCGCCGCGAGCCGCCGCCUCCGCCGCCGCCGCCUCCGCUUGCGCCUGGCAGCGCUACUGAGCAUCAGGUGCGCCAGCACGUCGUGCGCGGCGCGUCCUGCAACGCCGUUACCUUCGUGCUUUUGUUAAGUUUGAAAUUUAAUUAUCAUCAGUUCCAGUUUUAUAGUUUUAUAUUAUGGUGGAACAAUAUAGCCAUGGUUUCCGACAGGAACGGCUCGAACACCGUGUUAAAUGUAUGGUUGUGUCGUAAGAUAUGCAUAGCUUCGUUAAAUUACAUAUAAUAUGUAUUAUUAAAGUAAAAUUUAUGAAUAAGUUAAAAUGAACAACAUUAAUUAACCUAAAAUUGUAAAUAGAACCAUAAACUACGAAUAUUAUUCAUAGGAGGAUUGGUGUUUUCCUAAUAAAACAUUUGAGAAAAUA